AUGGCUGAUACAGCCCCUGCCGCUGCCGCUGAAGGAGGCGAGGAGGCACGUGGAUCCCGUGUCAAUGUAAAGAACUUGUGCCAAAGUACCACGGCGGAUGAACUGAAGAGCUUUUUUGCUUGCUGUGGCACUGUGACUGAUGUGGAAGUCAAGGUUCACCCAGAUGGUUCUUCCAAAGGCUAUGGCUUCGUCUGCUUUUCGACUCCAGAAGAAGCAGACAAAGCUGUGGCCGAAAUGAAUGGGAAGACCUUAGAGGAGAACAAACUCGUCGUGAAAAUCGCUGAGCGACGGUACACAGAGGGCAAAGGCGAAGCAGGCAACAAAGGCAAGAGCAAGGGCAAGGGCAAGCAGAAGGCACAGUUUGGCUACAUGGACCCCUACGCCAUGUACGGUGCAGGCCAAGUAAUGGAUCCGAUGGUCGCAGCCAUGGGCUACCCGUAUUACGAUGCUUCGAGCAUGAUGAACCCCUACGGCUACGAUCUUGGGGCAAUCUACAAUGCCAUGUAUGGCACACAAGGCAUGCCAUGCAUGCCGCAGAUGUACAGCGGAUUUCCGAUGGGGGCCAUGCCUGGCAUGCCGAUGGCCAGACCGGGCAAGGAUCCGGGGUCGGUCGACCCAAAUGCCAUCUUGGCAUUGCAGCAAGCACAGGCCUUCGCGCUUCAGUCGCAGGCCAUGGAAGCUGCCCGGGACCAUAAGGCAGGUGGUGCGAACAAAGAUGAGAAGGGCAAAGGGAAAGGUGCUCAAAGCAAGGGCAAAGGUAAGGCUGGGAAGGCCAAGGCGUCCCAGGAAAGUACCGGCCCCAUGCCAGAAGCUCCUCCUCCGGACCAGGAAUUCGUGGGGUAUCUCAAAUCCAAGAGUGAGAAGAACGGCUACGGGUUCAUCGUGUGCGGCGAGAUUCAGGAGCGCUACCAGCGGGAUGUUUGGGUGGACAGCGAGCUGCUGCCCGAAGGAGUUGAUGCUGACAGCCGCGCAGAGCUCAAGUUCAACGUUACGCUCAGCACAAAGGGACACCCACAAGCCAAGAACGUGGUUCUGGCGUGA